AUGUGGUCCGGAUGCGGUGGGAAGGCGCGGGGCUGGGAGGCCGCAGCGGGAGGGAGGAGCAGCCCCAUCAGGCUCAGCCGACGCCGAAUCAUGUCGAUGAGUCCAAAGCACACGACUCCGUUCUCAGUGUCUGACAUCUUGAGUCCCCUGGAGGAAAGCUACAAGAAAGUGGGCAUGGAGGGCGGCGGCCUCGGGGCUCCGCUCGCAGCUUACAGACAGGGCCAGGCGGCCCCACCGGCCGCGGCCAUGCAGCAGCACGCCGUGGGGCACCACGGCGCCGUCACAGCCGCCUACCACAUGACGGCGGCGGGGGUGCCCCAGCUCUCGCACUCCGCUGUUGGGGGCUACUGCAACGGCAACCUGGGCAACAUGAGCGAGCUGCCUCCUUACCAGGACACCAUGCGGAACAGCGCUUCGGGCCCCGGAUGGUACGGCGCCAACCCAGACCCGCGCUUCCCGGCCAUCUCCCGCUUCAUGGGUCCGGCGAGCGGCAUGAAUAUGAGCGGCAUGGGCGGCCUGGGCUCGCUGGGGGACGUGAGCAAGAAUAUGGCCCCGCUGCCUAGUGCGCCCCGCAGGAAGCGUCGGGUGCUCUUCUCCCAGGCGCAGGUGUACGAGCUCGAGCGACGCUUCAAGCAACAGAAGUACCUGUCGGCUCCGGAGCGAGAGCACCUGGCCAGCAUGAUCCACCUGACACCCACGCAGGUCAAGAUCUGGUUCCAGAACCAUCGCUACAAGAUGAAGCGCCAGGCCAAGGACAAGGCGGCGCAGCAGCAACUGCAGCAGGACAGCGGCGGCGGCGGCGGAGGCGGCGGGGGCGCAGGUUGCCCACAGCAGCAGCAAGCUCAGCAGCAGUCGCCGCGCCGGGUGGCCGUGCCGGUCCUAGUUAAAGACGGCAAACCCUGCCAAGCCGGAGCCUCUGCGCCGGGCGCCGCCAGCCUGCAAGGCCACGCGCAGCAGCAAGCUCAGCAGCAGGCACAGGCGGCUCAGGCGGCUGCCGCGGCCAUCUCGGUGGGCAGCGGCGGCGCGGGUCUAGGCGCACACCCAGGCCACCAGCCGGGCAGCGCAGGCCAGUCCCCGGACCUGGCGCACCAUGCAGCCAGCCCUGCAGCGUUGCAGGGUCAGGUCUCCAGCCUAUCCCAUCUGAACUCCUCGGGCUCGGACUAUGGCGCCAUGUCCUGCUCUACCUUGCUUUACGGUCGGACCUGGUGA